GGGGCAGAGCGCGAGGAGUGGGCAGCAAAUUGGUGAGGGCGGGCGGUUAGGGGUGGGCUCAGAUGCGCAGCUUGCGUGUCCAAAGGCGCUUUUCAAGGCAUGUGUGGGCGCAGAGAUGGCGACACUGAAACUGGGGCUCGGAGCGACAAAGAGAGCAUGCAGGGCUGCUGGCUUGCGUAGGUGAUGCUCGCUCCCAGGCGAGGCGAGGGAGUUCGAGUGGCUGCCCGAUGACAACAGCAGCGUAUGCCUGCCGGCCAAUCCACGCAAAACGGCAUCGCGUCGCCUGACAUGCCUACAUGCAGCCUGGAAUCAUUGCCACAGCCAUGCAGCCCGAGAGGAAGAGGCACAGAGGGAGCAUGCCGCGCUAUAAUUAACCCCCAUGGCUCCAUACAUACGUACGUGUGUACAUACAUACAUACGCACACACUACACGCACACAUGUACAUACUACACACAAACUCCCGUAUUGAAACUGCGUCUCGGGUGCACUGCACAUACGUAUGGAUUGGCCCAUGGCUGGCCUGUACCACACCGCACACGACAAGUAGUAGUAGUAGUAGUAGCACCUACAUGCUUUUCCAUAACCAUAUAUAUCAUUGCCAAUGGCAGUUAUGCCCGUGAGACAUGCUUCUGCUCUUACUAAUCCAGACGUGGGCAAGCAUCUUACGUAGUCCACGUCCACACCGGAUCCCACGACUCGUCUUUAUAUAGUAGUACAAAUGGCCUUUUUCUGUGCCAGCGCAUG